GUGACGUCCCAUGAAGACAUUUUGAACCUCCGCACUUCCUGACCUGGGCUUAUUUCGCAUGUCUGGGUCUGCCUUGGCUGCUCUGGAAAGAGCGAGUCCCCCAGCCCCACUCGGGUCCGCAGCAAUUCUGGGAAAAACAAUCCAGAGCCUCUUUCUAGGAAAGCCACCGUGUUCUUUCCUGCCACAGCCACGCUGGUCUGAUGUGGUGGAGAGGAGCAGCAGGAGGAACACGAGGAUGAGGCUGGAGCAGUCCCUGCCCCUCCUGGGGCUGCUGCUGUGUGCAGUUGGCACCACAGCUCAACAGGAUGAAGAACUGGAGGAGGAGUUCCUGGUGGAGAUUUCUGGCACCACGGUGACAAUCACGUGUCCCUUUGAGGACGAGGGCAUCCGGUGGGACCUGUCUGGGAGAACAGAGGACACCACGGAGAGGAAGUUUGUUAUAAAGGACCAUGACAGCACUCCUGCCAACCUGAGCUGCUCCUCGGGUAAUAAGAAGCGCCAGCUGUACCUGAAUGCCAGAGUGUGUGCCAACUGCGAGGAGCUGGACGCCCUGACCGUGGCAGGGAUCAUCACUGCAGACCUCCUCACCACCCUGGGGGUGCUGAUCCUGGUCUAUUACUUCAGCAAAGGCAGGAAGGGACGAGCCAGCUCUGGUGGGGACAGUCGGCCACGAGGCCAGAAGAUGCAGCGUCCUCCCCCUGUCCCAAACCCGGACUAUGAGCCCAUCCGGAAAGGCCAGCGGGAGCUGUAUGCAGGCCUGGGGCCCAGAGGCAUCUGAAAUUCCCGGGGAUGACAGGCUGGAAGCCAGCAGCACUGGGGCCAAACGCUUCUGCCCAGCUUGUUCCCAGCUCUCUGCAGCUCUGCUGAAGCUCUGGCAUUUUGGGAUAAGCCAGGUGGCCACCGGACAGGGAUGUGUUUGGGUUUGCCAUCAGGGAACAGAAAUGAGCACACUGGCAAGAGAUUUCCGUCUCAUUAAAUGACUGCAGGCUCA